AUGCAUAUUUGCACAGAAAUAGUAAAUCUUACAAGAUCAUUAGAAAAUGCAUACAUAUCGGACGGUUUGUCAUGCGAAUUGGCAAGUAAAUAUUCUACACAGGUUGCCGUAAAGGCACUUGCUAAAAACUGCACCAUUGAUAAAGUUAAACUUAUCAUGGAAGCAGGACAGUUUAACAGCAUGAAUGAAGCUGUCAGUAAGUUUGUAAAUAGCUGUACCGAGGCAACAGGUCAGCAGAAUGCCAUACUAUACUAUGGCCAAAGACAGAAUAAUUAUGAUAGGAGAAGAGACUAUAACAGAAAUAACAAUAACUUUUAUGCCAACAAUGACUUUAAAAAUCCGAAUAGUAACGGAAAUAAUACUAAUGACAGCAACAGAAAUAGAUGGCGACGUGCUAACAACCGCGGAAGUUAUGUAAGAGCAGCCAAUCUAUCUGAUAGCGAUUCGGAAAACCCGAACGCUCCCUAG